AUGCGGAAUGAAAGCAACAUUCUCUUUCUAACGUACGAAGAUAUGAAAAGAGAUCUCAAGGAGGCUAUUCGAAAGACAUCAAAAUUCCUCGGAAAAAUCUACAACGAUGAUCAAAUUAAUGCCCUCGAAGAUCACCUUUCUUUUAAGAAAAUGGCCGUUAACAAAAGCGUUAAUUUUGAAACCCAUCUUAUUGAGUAUUCCACUAUAACGAAUUCCGAUAGAGAUAUGGAAUUCAAAUUCAUGAGAAAGGGAAAAGUCGGUUCUUACAACGAAGAAAUGACUCCAGAAAUGAUUGAAAAGUUCGAUAAGAAAAUUCGGGAAUGGCAUUCCCAAUACAAAGCAGCUCCAGAGUUGCUUGAUAUCUUUUUAGGCAAACCAUAG